AUGAGUAUUCUUGUCAACAGUCAAGCAGUAUGCCCUCAUUUAAGUAAAAGAGCCUUCAGUGUGCGUGAACAGGCAAAAACAAAUUUUGAUGCUACUGUACAGCCUAGUUUUAGAGCACGUUCCAUACAAACUCCCGUCGCAUUCCUCGGUUACGGGGGUUCCCCUUUUGUAGUGGAGUAUACUCAGGAAAUAAGAGUCGAAGAGUCCGGGUUAGGCCUCCGACAGCACGUGAGGGGCAUUCCAAUGACCAGCGAAGAGGGAUUAAUGGAAAAUUCCCCGCAUCAUCCGUCAGGCCAUACCUGUGUCAUUCUGCUCAUGGAAGAGGGCCCAUGCGACUGCCACCCGGUUGGGGCGUCUGGCCGCACCUGCAACCAGACGACCGGCCAGUGCCCGUGCAAAGAUGGAGUGACUGGCAUAACGUGCAACCGGUGCGCCAAGGGGUACCAGCAAAGCAGAUCUCCCAUCGCUCCUUGCAUCAAGAUACCAAGAAUGGUGGAUGUGCCAAAACGAGUUAACGGAAGACCAGACAAAUGUGGCGUCUGUCCGUCGGCCAAAAAGAGAGUGAACCAGAAUAAAUUCUGCAAGAGAGAUUUUGUUAUCCAGGCCAGUGUUCUGUCGAGAGAGACGUCCGGAAAUUGGAUCAAAUUCACGAUUCACGUAAUGCAAGUAUACAAGCAAGGACCUUCGAAAGUCCGCAGGGGUACACAGUUUCUUUGGGUCAAUAUCGCUGACUUAGCAUGCAAAUGCCCGAAAAUAAGAGUCAAGCAAACAUACCUCAUACUUGGUAAAGAUAUACGUCAGCCAGAUCAGGCCGGUCUCACAGCUGACAAUCGAAGCAUCGUCAUCGACUGGAAAGAUGAAUGGGCUCGACGAAUGCGCCGAUAUCAGAGAACAAAGAAAAGGCAAAUGCAAGAACUGAUGGCAGUGGAAAAGCGAGAAUAGGGAAAAAGUACGACACUUUACAGAAGAAAUGACUCGCCCUCCUGAAAAACUGCCGGAGUUUACCACAUCCAGUCCUAAUCUCAGUAUAUCAUUUUUUAUGGUUGUGAAGCACGUUUAUGAUAAGGAUAGACACAACGAGAUCAUAAAUAUUACAAAAAAAUAUCAAAUUUAAAAGAACCGGGAAAUAUAUUUAAAUAAAAUUUUCAAAUAAGUUUAAAGACACUAAAAUAUAGCCGAAAAUAUGAGAAUCUGUGCUUUUUGAAUGCUUUACAUAAAAUAUUCUUUAUAAUUUGUAUUAAAAAUAAAUAACACAAACCAAAUUUUCAGUUGCAAAAUUGAAAUUUAUGUUUUGCGAGACAUUCUCAGGUUUAUAACUCAGGAUGAAAGAGCAUUAGAUUUUUUUUUUAAAUCUCGAACAUGCAAACGAGAAUGGAUUCUGCGUGGUGCACGCAUACAUAACUAGGUUUCAUAGCUAAUGAACUAAAAUUUUUCAUAAACAUUAUAUCAAGAACAUUAACUUAUUUCACGAACACAAACAGCCGCAAUUUUCAUUGAAUUCAAAAACUUGCUCGCCUUUCUGCAUAAUAUAAAUUAAUGUAAAUGAGGAAAAGCUAAAUUACCAUUAACAAAAGAAUUCUUUUCCAAUGAGUAAUGGUGAAAAGUAACUUCCAAUAUUUUUUUAUUGAGAAAAUUGACUCCUAUAACUAACUACAUCAAAAUUUUAUACAGUCGAAACAAAAUGUAGCUCAACAUAUCAUGUCUGAAACGAUGAUUAUCCUGUCACAUCUUUUAAUGAUAAUAAAAUCAUUUUCUCAUGAACAUUCAAGCAAACGAUAUUCAGUACAGAAUGACUUAAUAAUUAUCUGAAACUAUAGAUCAAAUAUGCUUCUUUCAAAUUACAUUAGUGAAACCAAUGCAUAAAUUUUAUAUUAGCAAAAAGAAAUAUUAUCAUCAUCAUUAUUACUACUUUAAAUUUAAAUUUGACUUUAAGACACAUUUUAAAGCAGCCAAACAAGACAAGAUGAAAACUUCUUUCUUUUGUUCAAAUCCAUAGUUCAUUUAAAAAGUGCAUUUUAUAUAUAUAAUUUUUUUAAAAUUUUAUACUACACUUCAGAUUUUUCAGAAAAUUCUAUUUUUUUAGUUCUUUUCCAGUUCAAUCUUAAUAUUAAAAAUUUAAAAUUUCAGACAAGAUUCUGUGGUGAAAUUUAAUUAAAAAAACAUCAAUUUAAAAUGAUGAGAUAAAGCAAUUAUUAAUUAUAUACUUAAUAACCAGUUCUUUUUAACAAAGUAACGAAAUAUCAAUGCAGUAACCCAUUCACCUAACAUGUCUGCACAAAAAGGAAGCAAAGCUUUAAAACAUUAAUGAUAAGUACAUAUGCGAUUACAGAUAUUGCUUACCAAAAUAUAAAGGAGAAAGAAUUCUUUUCAUAUUUUUGUCCAGGGUAUAAUUUUAAAUUACAUGUAUAUAUACAUAAAAAUAUAUCUCGGUGUUUGUAACAGAAAAAUGUUCUUUUAACUGAAGGUAUGUUGGUAACAGAAAAAAAAAAGGGGGAAGUGGUAUGUCUGAAUAAGAUUAGGCACUGUGAUGUCAGUAAAGUUCGUCGUUUUUUUACAAAUAAAAGCAUGACAAAAGACAGAAAGUAUUCAUUUCAGAUGUUACGACAUAAAUUACUUUUUCUGGUCAUAAUCAAAUUAAUUGUCUUUGCCUAGUACUUUUACGUACAGUAUUUUUCAAGCAAAUUCUUAAGCACCCCUUUGCUGUCGUUUAUGUGAAAUGUGUUUUUAUUGUGUGUAUAUAGCUGUCAAUACAGCAUUUUGCUUUAUUAUUUCGUCAUCAAAAUAUAUAUUUAUUUGAUUAAUUACAAAUCAGCUAAUAUUAUACAAAAUAAAAAAGGAUAAUCUAACAAAAAAGUAAUAAAAUAUUCUGUGUGUUUUGCAGAUUUUAUGUUUUUAGCAAAAUUUAUAAGGAAAAUACGUUCCAUACCACAGUCAUGCCGAUUAAGACCCUUGCUUCAAUUAAAAAAAAUCUAAGAAGGCAUAAAAAUUAAAAUAUAACAAAAUAAAUUUAUAAGGUGCUUAAUAUUAUGAUUUGUCCUCGUGUGUUAAAAGUAUGUUUGCGUGGCUCUGUUUUCUGCUCUUUUCAUUAUGUUUUUUUAUAACAAGAAUAAUUUAAAUUUUUGGUAAAGCAAGUAUUAUACAAAAAUUAUUGACUAAUUUGUUUUGUAGCUGAAGGACAAGUUUAAAGAAAAUUCUUCGUUAAUUAAGAAACUUCAGCAUUAUUUCAGAAAAUUUAAGAAAAUCAUGCAUAAAAUAUAAAUAUUUUUUAAGAAAUUACUACUAACCAAAUUGUAAGUAAAAUAACUAUGAAUUUUUUAAUAAUUGCUUUUAAUAUAACAAAAUACAUUAAGUACUUAUAAUAAAAAUUUUCUUUCGGUUCUGCUGCAUGUUGCAUCAUUGAAAACUUACAUUAUAGUCAGAAGUAACACAUUUAUUUACGUUUUGCGCAAACAUAAAUCAUCUAAAAAUAAUCAAAAUGAAAAUAUUUAUUUUGUUGGUGUAAAAUUUUGCCUUUUUAUACAGUACAAUUUAUAGAAAAUGUGAAAUGACUUAUAAUGUGACUUAUAAUGUAAGUGGAUGUUAAUUUAUGAUCUUACCCAAAUUAGAUAUUGGUUGUUAUAGGUAGUACUUAACAUAUCACACUGUCAUCAAAAGUGACAAAUAAUUUGACUUUUGUGCCAUAAAAAUUAGAGUAAAGAUUUCUUCCAUUAAAUGUUAUGUAAAUGUUUGUCAGUAUAUGCUAUGUACUUAAUUGUUCUUUAUUGUUCCUCUUUGGGAACAGGUUGCCAAUAAAAAAUUCUAUCAAAAA